AUGGGAAACGUACCCGAGCCAACGGAUGUGGACCUAAUCUCUACUUCUUUUUUCCUAUCUUCUUCUUCCUCUUCCUCCUCGUUUUCUUCUUCCUCUUCCUCUUUUCUUCUUCUUUUUGUUGUUCUUUUUCUUCUUCUUCCUCUUUUUCUUCUUCUUUAUACCUUAUUCUUCUUCCUGUUUAUCUCCUUUCACCUUUUAUUCCAUCUGUUGAUUCUUCUUCCUUCUUCUUCUUCUUCUUCUUCUUCUUCUUCUUCUUCUUCGUCGUCGUCGUCGUCGUCGUCGUCGUCGUCGUUUGGUUGUUAUAGUUGUUCUAUUCUUCUUCUUUUUCUUUUUCUUUUUUCUUCUUCUUCUUCGUCGUCGUCGCCGUUUGGUUGUUAUAGUUGUUCUAUUCUUCUUCUUCUUUUUCUUCUUCUUCUUCACAUUUUCCUAUCGCCGGAUCUUUUAACAGAUUCUUCCCAAGCCCUGCCCACACUUUGCCACGCCCGACCCACCCCGUUCCGCGACCGUCGAAUGUCAACAGAGGUGCUGUCUCCGCCCAAGUUAGAUGUCGGGUGGAAAGGCUCUGUUCGCAUCUAUCUAUCUAUCUAUCUAUCUAUCUAUCUAUCUAUCUAUCUCAAAAUCUACCAGGCUUCUGAUCAUAUCUAUCUAUCUCUGUCUCUUCAUAUCUGUCCGUUCCUACAUAUCCAUCUAUCUUUCUAUCUAUCUAUCUCGGUCUUUUCAUAUCUAUCUAUCUAUCUAUCUAUCUAUCUAUCUAUCUAUCUAUCUAUCUAUCUCAGUCUCUUCAUAUCUAUCUAUCUAUCUAUCUAUCUAUCUAUCUAUCUAUCUAUCUAUUUCAGUCUCUUUACCUAUCUCAGUUUCUUUAUCUAUAAAAUCUAUCUACCUAUCUCAGUCUGUUCAUAUCUAUCUAUCUAUCUCUCUCUCUAUCUAUCUCUCUCUCUCUCUAUCUAUCUAUCUAUCUAUCUAUCUCAGUCUGUUCAUAUCUAUCUAUCUAUCUAUCUAUUUAUCUCUGACUCUUCAUAUCUACCAGUCACUACAUAUCUAUCAAUCAGUCUAAUCAUUAUCUAUCUAUUUAUCUAUCAUGCUGUUCAUUUCUAUCGAUCUAUCAGUCUGGUCAUAUGUAUUAUUCUCUUCAUAUCUAUCUAUCUAUCUAUCUAUCUAUCUAUCUGUCUGUCUGUCUGUCUGUCUGUUCAUAUCUAUCAAUCAUUCUUCUCCCCUUCUUCUUCUUCUUCUUCUUCUUCUUCUUCUUCUUCUUCUAAAUCUUGUCCUCUUUCUCCUCCUUCUCCCUCUUUUUCUUCUUCUUCUUCUCCUCUUCUAUUCCUCCUGCUUCUACUUCUUGUCCUUCUCCUCAUCCUUCUUGUUCUUCUUGCCCUCCUCCUCCUCCUUCUUGUUCUUCUUGCCCUCAUCCUCCUCCUCCUUCUUUUUCUUCUUCUUCUACACAUUGUCCUCUUUCUCCUCCUUCUCCCUCUUUUUCUUCUUCUUCUCGUCCUCCCACUUCUCCCCUUCUCUUCCUCCCCUCCCCCUCCUUCUUCUUCUUCUUGUCCUCCUCCUCAUCCUUUUUUUCUUCUUCUUCUUCUUCUUCUUCUGCUUGCCCUCCUCCUCAUCCUUCUUCUUCUUCUUUUUCUUGUUCUUCUUGCCCUCCUCCUCUUCCUACUUCCUUUUUCUUUCUCUUUUUCAUCAUUUUUAUCGUUUUUCAUUCUCAUUUUCUUACUCCAUUUCUUUAUCGUUUUUUUUCUUCUUUUCUUAAUUCUUCUUAUCGAUUUUAUUUCUCUUUUAUUUUUAUUUUUAUUUUUCUUCAAAUUUUUUUAUCGUUUUUCCUUUGCCAUUCCUUCAUUCUUUUUCCUUCAUUAUUUUAUCGUUUUUUUCUCAACUUUUAUUCAUUCUCUUAACUUUCUCUUUCUGUUUUUCUUCAUUCAUUCAUUGUUUUCUUUCUACUUUCCUUCAUUAUUUUUAUCGUUUUUCCUUCGCCAUUCCUUCAUUUGUUUAUUUUUCUUCUACUGUCUUUUCGUUUUUAGUUUUUCCUUCAUUAUUUUAUCGUUUUUUUCAUCAACUUUUCUUCAUUCGUUUAUUGUUUUCUUUCUCUUUUCCUUCAUUUUGAUUGUUUUUUCUCUUUUUCAUUUUUCUGUUUUUCUGUUUUCCUUCUUUUUUCUAUCAUUGUUUUUUCUUCUUUAUUUUGUAUCAUUUUUUUCUCUUUUCUUUCAUCCGUUUAACUUAUUUUCACCUUCUUUAUUAUCACAACUUCUUUCUUUCCUUCUUUCUUUCUUUCCUUCUUUCUUUCUUUCCGUCUUUCUUUAUUUCUUUCUUUCCGAUUCUUCUUUUUUUCCUUUCUUUUUUCUCCUCUCACUUUUUUCCUAUUUUUCUUUUCUCUUUUUCUCAUCUUCUUUACUAUUACAACUUAUUUCUGUUAUUUUCUUUCUUUUCUCUUCCUGGCACAUUCUUUCUUUCUUUCUUUCUUUCUUUCUUAUCUUAUUCUCCUUUCUUUCUUUCUUUCACACCUUAUUCUCCUUUCUUUCUUUCUUUCUUUCUUUCUUUCAUUCUCGUCUGUCUGUUUGUUUGACUUUCUUUCUUUUUUUUUCUUUCUUUCUUUCUUUCUUUCAUAGCUUAUUCUUAUUUCUUUCUCCUUUUUUUUCAUUUCUUCUUCUUUUCUUUUUCCUUUGUAUUGUUCUUUCUUUGUACAUUUACUUUACUUUUUGUCAUUUUCAUUUUUUUUUUUUUUUGCUUAAUUUUUGUCUUAUCCUUCUAUUAUUUUCUUUCAUAUCACAUUCUUAUUUCUUUCUUUCAUAUCACAUUCUUCUUUCUUUCUUUCUUUCUUUCUUUCUUUCUUUCAUAUCACAUUCUUCUUUCUUUCUUUCUUUCUUUCUUUCAUAUCACAUUCUUCUUUCUUUCUUUCUUUCUUUCAUAUCACAUUCUUCUUUCUUUCUUUCUUUCUUUCAUAUCACAUUCUUCUUUCUUUCUUUCUUUCUUUCUUUCAUAUCACAUUCUUCUUUCUUUCUUUCUUUCUUUCAUAUCACAUUCUUCUUUCUUUCUUUCUUUCUUUCUUUCAUAUCACAUUCUUCUUUCUUUCUAUCUUUCUUUCUUUCUUUCAUAUCACAUUCUUCUUUCUUUCUUUCUUUCUUUCAUAUCACAUUCUUCUUUCUUUCUUUCUUUCUUUCUUUCUUUCAUAUCACAUUCUUCUUUCUUUCUUUCUUUCUUUCUUUCUUUCAUAUAACAUUCUUCUUUCUUUCUUUCUUUCUUUCUUUCAUAUCACAUUCUUCUUUCUUUCUUUCUUUCAUAUCACAUUCUUCUUUCUUUCUUUCUUUCUUUCUUUCUUUCUUUCUUUCAUAUCACAUUCUUCUUUCUUUCUUUCUUUCUUUCAUAUCACAUUCUUCUUUCUUUUUCUUUCUUUCUUUCUUUCUUUCAUAUCACAUUCUUCUUUCUUUCUUUCUUUUCAUAUCACAUUCUUCUUUCUUUUCUUUCUUUUUCUUUUUUUCUUUCAUAUUCUUCUUCUUUCUUUCUUUCUUUCUUUCAUAUCACAUUCUUCUUUCUUUUUUCUUUCUUUCAUAUCACAUUCUUCUUUCUUUCUUUCUUUCUUUUCAUAUCACAUUCUUCUUUCUUUCUUUCUUUCUUUCUUUCUUUCAUAUCACAUUCUUCUUUCUUUCUUUCUUUUCUUUCUUUCUUUCUUUCAUAUCCAUUCUUCUUUUCUUUCUUUCUUUCUUUCUUUCAUAUCACAUUCUUCUUUCUUUCUUUCUUUCUUUCUUUCUUUCAUAUCACAUUCUUCUUUCUUUCUUUCUUUCUUUUCUUUCUUUUUCAUAUAACAUUCUUCUUUCUUUCUUUCUUUCUUUCUUUCUUUCAUAUCACAUUCUUCUUUCUUUCUUUCUUUCAUAUCAUUCUUCUUUCUUUCUUUCUUUUCUUUCUUUCUUUCAUAUCACAUUCUUCUUUCUUUCUUUCUUUCUUUCAUAUCACAUUCUUCUUUCUUUCUUUCUUUCAUAUCACAUUCUUCUUUCUUUCUUUCUUUCUUUCUUUCUUUCUUUCAUAUCACAUUCUUCUUUCUUUCUUUCUUUCAUAUCACAUUCUUCUUUCUUUCUUUCUUUCUUUCUUUCUUUCUUUUUUUCAUAUCAUUCCUCUUUCUUUUUCUUUCUUUCUUUCAUAUCACAUUCUUCUUUCUUUCUUUCUUUCAUAUCACAUUCUUCUUUCUUUCUUUCUUUCUUUCAUAUCACAUUCUUCUUACUUUCUUUCUUUCUUUCUUUCUUUCUUUCUUUCUUUCAUAUCACAUUCUUCUUUCUUUCUUUCUUUCUUUCAUAUCACAUUCUUCUUUCUUUCUUUCUUUCUUUCAUAUCACAUUCUUCUUUCUUUCUUUCUUUCUUUCAUAUCACAUUCUUCUUUCUUUCUUUCUUUCAUAUCACAUUCUUCUUUCUUUCUUUCAUAUCACAUUCUUCUUUCUUUCUUUCUUUCUUUCAUAUCACAUUCUUCUUUCUUUCUUUCUUUCAUAUCACAUUCUUCUUUCUUUCUUUCUUUCUUUCUUUCAUAUCACAUUCUUCUUUCUUUCUUUCUUUCUUUCUUUCAUAUCACAUUCUUCUUUCUUUCUUUCUUUCAUAUCACAUUCUUCUUUCUUUCUUUCUUUCUUUCUUUCUUUCAUAUCACAUUCUUCUUUCUUUCUUUCAUAUCACAUUCUUCUUUCUUUCUUUCUUUCUUUCUUUCAUAUCACAUUCUUCUUUCUUUCUUUCUUUCUUUCAUAUCACAUUCUUCUUUUUUUCUUUCUUUCUUUCAUAUCACAUUCUUCUUUCUUUCUUUCUUUAUUUUUUUUAUAUCUUAUUUAUCUUUCUUUCUUGCUUUCAUAUCUUAUACUUCUUUCUUUCUUUCUUUUAUAUCUUAUUCUUCUUUUCUUUUCUUUCGUUGAUAAUUUAUUCUUCUUUCUUCCUUUCUUUCAAAUCUUAUUCUUCUUUCUUUUUUUCAUAUCACAUUCUUCUUUCUUUCUUGCUUUCAUAUCUUAUUCUUCUUUCUUUUAUAUAUUCUUCUUUUUUCCUUUCUUUCAUAACUUAUUCUUCAUUCUUUCUUUCUUUCUUUCAUAAUUUAUUCUUCUUUCUUUCUUUCUUUCUUUCUUUCAUAUCGCAUUUUUCUUUCUUCCUUUCUUUCAUAUCUUAUUAUUCUUUCUUUCUUGCUUUCAUAUCUUCUUUCUUUCUUUCUUUCUUUCUUUCAUAUCCUAUUCUUCAUUCUUUCAUAUCUUAUUCUUGA